ACUGUAAUUUUCAUGAGCUGAUCUUUUCCUUUUUGUCUGAAGUUGUUUCAGUUCUAUUGUGGUUUACCUAAGCAUUGACCUUGUAGUUAAUAUUCAGUACUACAAAUUACAAAAUAACUACUUCUCAAUUCCAACCUAGUUUGGUUCAACUUUAUAAAAUCCUCUAUUUGAGCCAAUUUCAUUCAUGUAGUCAAUAACUUGUCUAGCUAGAGAUUACGCAUUUUCUAAAUUUAGUAGCCGAGCUUGUUCACUUCCUGCUACAAAAAUGAAUAUGUAUUGAGCUUGUUUCAUGCUUUGGGUUCUAAGUCGUAUUUGCAAGAACUGACUAGAUGGAGAAGCCUUUAAAGAAACCUAUGUCAGACGGCUCUGAAGCUGCUUCAACAAAGACGAAGAAUGCUUGGGCCAUUCCCCUUGGAUCUGCAGCAUAUCAUGCAUCAACUGAUACAAGCUUGUUUUCUAGCUCGUUGCCUGUGCUACUACAUGCGAAAUUAAACUUCAAUGAGUCCGAGCAGCACGGUCAAUCCAUUGACGAUAGCUCACCUAGCUUAAGCAAGCUUCAAUUGGAAGAUAACAUUAAAGAUCCGUUAGAAGAGGUUGAGUCGAGUCCAGCUGGGUUCUUGCUUCCAGGGGAUGAAGAUGAGUUACUAGCAGGCUUAAUGGAUGACUUUGAUCUUAGUGGAUUACCAACUCAGCUGGAGGACUUGGAAGACGAUUUUUUUGGCAGUGGAGGACUGGAAAUGGAACCUGAGGAUCAAAAUAAUUUGCUUAAUGGUGUUGCAAACUUAACCAUGUCUGGACAUUAUAAUAUCCCAAAUGGUGCUGGAACUGCUGUUGUGGGGGAACACCCAUAUGGAGAGCAUCCAUCAAGGACAUUAUUUGUUCGAAAUAUUAACAGCAAUGUAGAGGACACAGAGUUGAAAUCUCUUUUUGAGCAAUAUGGUGAUAUCAGGACGCUAUAUACUGCAUGCAAGCAUAGGGGCUUUGUAAUGAUAUCUUACUAUGACAUCCGAGCUGCUCGAACUGCAAUGCGUGCUCUACAAAAUAAGCCCUUGAGACGAAGAAAGCUCGACAUUCAUUUUUCCAUUCCUAAGGAAAAUCCAUCAGAGAAAGAUGUUAACCAAGGAACUCUGGUCGUGUUCAACUUGGAUCCAUCGGUAUCCAAUGAGGAUCUUCGGCAAAUCUUUGGAGCAUAUGGGGAAGUCAAGGAGAUCAGGGAAACACCACAUAAACGCCAUCAUAAGUUUAUUGAGUUCUAUGAUGUCAGAGCAGCUGAUGCAGCUCUUAAAGCAUUAAACCGUAGCGACAUAGCUGGAAAGCGGAUAAAGCUUGAACCCAGCCGGCCUGGUGGAGCCCGUCGAAAUUUGAUGCAGCAACUAAGUCAAGAAUUGGAACACGAUGAAAUUCGGUCGUUUAGGCACUCAGUUGGAUCACCGGUGGCCAGCUCUCCUCCAGGCAGCUGGUCAAACUUUGGCAGUCCAGUUGAACCGAACCCAUUGCGAGGUUAUAGUCAAUCACCUGGUCUGCGAAAUCUCAGCCCUGUAAAUGGUAAUCUUAUGCCAGGGCUGGCCUCUAUUCUUCCUGGACACCUCUCAAGUCCGAAGAUUGCACCCAUUGGUAAAGAUCCUGCAAGGGUUGGCCAUUUCAAUCUGGUAACUACUAGUCCAAAGUCGGUGCAAGGUGUGAGUUAUCAGCAUUCUUUUUCAGUCCCUGAGCAAAAACCAGCUUUAAGCAUGGGAUCUACGUCAUUUGGUAACUCUACGGCAUCCGGUACUGGAACACUUUCUGGUCCACAGUUUCUUUGGGGUAGUCCGCCUAUUCACUCGGAGCGUACUGACUCUCCUAUCUGGCCAACAACUUCAUCAAUGGCACAUCCGUUUGCAUCAAAUGGACAAGGACAAGGCUAUCUCCAUUCGCGUAGGCAAAGCUCUUUCCUUGGAUCACAUCACGUGGGGUCUGCUCCAUCUGUAAAUCCUCUGGAUAGGCAUUUCGGUUUUUUCCCGGAAUCUCCUCAAAAAUCAUAUAUAAAUCCACUUGGGGCAGUGAACAUGGGUGUUGGUCUUACUGGGCACUUUACUGAAAGUGGUUCUCCUAGCUCUAGAAUGAUGCCAUUGACAAGGAAUGGACCUAUGUUUUUCGGAAAUGGUUCUUACGGAGGAGCAGGAACAGUUAAUGUUGAAGGACUAAUUGAACGUGGUCGAAGUCGAAAAAUUGAGAGUGGUGGUAAUCAGAUUGACAACAAGAAACAGUAUCAGCUUGAUUUGGAGAAGAUCAUGAGGGGAGAAGAUACUAGGACCACUUUGAUGAUUAAGAACAUCCCAAACAAGUACACUUCAAAGAUGCUACUUGCAGCAAUCGAUGAGACUCACAAGAGUACAUACGAUUUCCUCUAUUUGCCAAUUGAUUUCAAGAAUAAAUGCAAUGUUGGUUAUGCCUUCAUCAAUAUGGUGUCUCCUGCACAUAUCGUCUCCUUUUAUGAGGCAUUCAAUGGGAAGAAAUGGGAAAAGUUUAACAGUGAAAAAGUGGCGUCGUUGGCUUAUGCACGUAUCCAGGGAAAAGUAGCUCUGGUUACUCACUUCCAGAAUUCGAGCUUGAUGAAUGAGGACAAAAGGUGCCGACCAAUUCUUUUCCGGUCAGAGGGCCAAGAGGCAGCUGAUGAGGAAAAGUUGCCAUCCAGCAAUCUGAACAUUUGUAUCCGUCGGCCUGAUGGGUCAUAUUCGGGAGAUUCUCUUGAUAGCCCAACAGGCGAUCUAGAUGGGAAACCAGAGCUAUUCACCGGAAGCAGCUGACCUUAAACCGUGGCAAUGAGUUCUAACUGUGAAUAGAAAUUCGAGUACAUAAUUUAUCAAUGAAAACCAGGAAACUGCAUAUAGUUACUUAUGUGUGCUAGUAGUGUCUGCUUUUUGGAUGAAAGACACUCUAGAGCAUGUAAGACGAAUUUUUACCGAGGGUAAGAGCAUUUUGUCUAUAUGUAGAAUGAAUGAUGUCAAUUGAUCUAUUUAACAAAGGGAGUAAAAAUAAGGUUUAAGCAUUCAGCCAACAUGUGAAGUCUCUCUCGGCCGAUAUGCUUUGCCAGUUUGGCUGUUAUGCUUUUUGUUGUGGUGGGGUUCUCUUAACUAAUGCAUGCUUUUUUAUACUUGUGGGGCUGUUUCAUAAGUGUAUAGGAUGGAGAUUAACAGACCCUGCAUUCUUUCUUGAAUCGUGUAAUGACUGGCUACUGUUGUAUUUAUCACAUUUGCGGUUAAACUAAA